GGAGGGGCUGCGGGGACGCGCGGCCAGCUUCGCGGGGACUCGCCCCGGCGCCCCGUCCGCGCCUCCAGGUGAGGCGGGUGGCCGGAGGGCUCCUCCCCGUCCCCGCUUGGCCCUUCCCGGCGAGGAGCGGAGAGCGCCUCGCGGAAAGACUUCCUCGGGAGUCAGCCCCACCCGCCGCCGGAGGUGCUGCCGGGAGGAGGCGGCUUUCCCCUCGGCGGGGCGGGGCGCGCUUGGCGACGAAGGGGCGGCCCCCUCGCGCUCGGGGCGCUGCUGCUGCUGCUGCUGGUUGGGCGCGCUGCUCUUCGCUCCGGGAGCUGCUGCUCGCCGACCAGAGGAGCGAGGGCGCGGCGGCGGGCGAGGUUGCGCCGAGCGGCUCGGGACGCCGCGCCGGGUGGAGGCCGGGCGACCCGGGGCUGCUCCGAAGAGGCGGCUCUGCCGGGCGAGGUAACUCUUUGGCGUCGAGGAAAAAGGCUCGCCGCGUAAUGUAUGUCUCUUACUCAGCAUAUUUUGGAGCGGAGCCUGGCGCUUCUCAAGCCGCGCUUGCUAAUUUAUGAGAAGCCACGUUAAAAUAAAUCCCCAGCGCGUCUUUUCGGGCGCCCUCCGCUCUCCAUUUUCACUCCCUCGUUGGAUUCCCCUCUCCCAAGCGCAGAACCAGAAAGUUGGCAUUUCUUCCAUCUCACCCUCGCCUUUUGUGGAAACCUCUCUUAGCGGGGUUGCUGUCUGAACAGACAAUUGUUCCGAUUUCAUUUUGAACAGUAACUUUAAAAAUGUGCCUUUUCCAAAAUCUUUGGCUCCGAGACGGUUAGUUCAUUUUGGCACGCAGAGCGAGCUGCUUAUUUAUUGGCGGCGGUGAUGGUGAGGAUAAACGGGGAAACCUUCCUUUCCCUCCUUUCAGCUUUCCCCUUGCAUUGAGAAUUUGCCCUUGUUUUAUAGUUCUGGAAACUCUUUGCAGGAGCUCUGCUUGGGCCACAAGCAGAAAUGGAAGCUGCUGGCUGGAGCUCUGUCUCUGCGCCGCCUUUCGGCGCUCGGCUCCCGUGCGCAGUGAGCUGGCUCCGUGUCCUGCGAGAAAUUCAAGAACUAAACCGGACAGCUGCAGAGGCGGCUUUUGUAGCUUCCGUAUCAGCAUGGAAAACUUUGAACAGUGUCCGCUGAACUGACCUUGUAAAAACAAUUCUGCUUGUAACAACCUAAUAAUGUUCGAUGGAUAUUCUGAAACUUUCAUAGGCUUCAUAUUUUCAGAUUUGUUAUUUUAUAGGAUGUUAAUACUUGUAGUCUGCUCUUUGCAUUUGAGACUGCCUAUCCUAGAGGAAAAACUGGCUGUCAGACGAAUAAUUAUGCCCCUGGGAUAACCAGACUCCAGUUUUUGCCCAUAGUUAUCUCUAUGGAAUCUUGUAAACAAGACUCCUUCCCUCUAGUUGCCAACAUGAGUAGCUAAGUGCUGGCACGAUUGGAGCCAGAUCUGGGUGACUGAGAAGCAAGAGGCAGGCUUGGGUGGAUCCUGAGGUAUGUGGAAGUAUAAAACAACUUCUUUUUAAAUCCCAAAGGGGCACCCCCACCCCAGAAAAAUCCACUGACGACUGAGAAUACUUCAGGGGCAACAAAAUGUGUCAUUUCUGUUGGGCAGGGGGCAGAGAAGGAAAUUGCCCAUUUUGAGCUCCUUAUUGUGUCCUAGAUAGUACUAUUAUUGUAGUCUAGCUGGAAUCCUGAGCAAGAACACUCCUGAUAGGAUACUGCAGCAUUUUUCUGUAGGUCCCUCUUGUGUUCCUUGAUCAUCUUAACUGGCAGUAGAGUUUAGUCAAGUAUUUUUUAAAGCAUCAAUCUAAUCAAUAUAUAAUAUUGAUUAUAUAAGCCACUAGAAGCAAUACAAUCAUCAGCUGGUUUGAGACUUGCAGUUAGCUAAAUGCAACAAAAUGUUUCAGUUUGGAGUGCAUCUGUUCUGGGUUCUAGCUCCACACCUGGUGAACAUGCUCAGUCCUAUUGGCUGCUUUUGUUGCUGUUUUCUCUAUGGCCAAGACACAUUUAUGCCUGGCUCAGUUUCCCCACUGAUGUUUAUGGACAUUUAUUUCUUCCUGACAUUAUUUAAAAACAGCUUCUCAUUGUGAACCAGGCAGCUCCCUCUCCAGACAAUGAGAUUCCCCCCACCCCAUGGAUAUCUAAAUACCAAAUGAUAUAGCUAUGGUUCUCCAUGCUCGCAUUUCAACUGCUCCAUUUCAUUUCCCUCAUCACCCAGUUUACAGGCUGCUGCUGCUGCUUCUUUGUUUUCAACCUUCCAUGCCACUGAUGUGUUAUGGGGCUCUUUGGGGGAUUCCUCUGUUAGGUUCUCCUUCUUUUUUUAUCCCCUGCACAAAAUGUUCACUGCCUGUAGUGUAUUUGGUCAAGCAGCUGACAGGCAUGCGAAGCCUCAUAAGGAGGAGAGGGUGACUACUAAUUUCCUCUUCUUGCAUGCAGAUCCUUGUAAACAGAUAUCGGGUGGGUCAAAAGCUGUGUGUUAGAACUUACUACACCUCCUGAUAUGAGCAGCAGUCAAUGUUAUGAGCUUCUUGCUGAGUAAAAACAUGUACCUUGAAUGAGAGCGAAUGCUUAGAAAGAUGAUCUGGUGUAAUAUGACCCAUAUUUAUUGAAGGAGGGGGGUCAGUUCAGGACUCUUGUUUGAAGAAGAAUUGAAGAAGUAGGGGGAAAACAGUUUCCAGCAUGAUCCUAUGCAUGCUUCCUUGGUAAACUGGAAUAGGAUUGCCGCAUUUCUCUAUGAAAUACAUUUUGUAAUUAGUUUGCAUUUCUCUCAAAAGAUAAGCAUUAGACCUUGAUCAAUUCCAUAUGCAUUGCUAUUUUAUUAUUUUCAUGGUUAAGAAAUUAAAAAACAGCACACAGUGGCUAUAAACUUUCUCCAAUCUCUGUUAUUUCUAAUCUGUAGCAGAAAUGGAUUCCAAACAAGAUCCUGCUUCAGGCAUCCAUUACACUCAGCUUGGAAGAUCCCAACUAAAUGCAGCUGCUGGUGCUGAAGGCCAAGGUGAGGGAAAUCAGAAACCUUGAUCGUCUUCUGGAGAUUUAGUUCUUGUCUACUUGGUUCCACCUCAGUUUGCCAAACAGGCAGAAAGGGGUUGUUGAGAUGAACAGGACGCAUGAGGCGUGAAAUGGAUUGUACUUGCUGUGAAAUAGGUUUUGUCACUUUCUCAAGUAGUAGUAAGAUCAUCCUGGUACUCCCAAGACAGGGGGAAGCCUGGGAGGAGUGUGGCCACAGCAUUGCUAAGGUGGUUGGAGUACCGUAUUUUUCGCUCUAUAGGACGCACCGGACCAUAGGAGGGGGAGAACAGGGGAAAAAAAUUCUCCCCCUCUCUGCUCAGCGCCCCUUCAGUGAAGCGGUAGGAGAAACGGAGCCCCUUCCAUUUCUCCUCCUGCUUCGUUGAAGGGGCGCUGCGCAGAGAGGGAAAACUGUGCAGCACCUCUCCAGCGAAGCGAAGCCUGGAGAGCAAGAGGGAUCGGUGUGCACCGACCCCUCCCGCUCUCCAGGCUUCAGGCGGCUAUCCGCAAGCCUUCGGAGCGCAGCGCUGCGCUCUGAAGGCUUGCGGAUAGCUGCCUGAAACCCCCGGAGCGCAGUGGCAGUUCGCACUGAGCUCCAGGGGCUUCAGGCUUCUUCUUUUUAGCCGUGGGGCUGGGGCAGGGGAAGCCCGAGCUUCCCCCAACCCCAGCCCCCAGAACAGGUCGGGGAGCGGUGGUCCCUUCUCUCUCCUGGGGGAAAGCCUGCAAGAGCCGUGCGAAGCUCAUGGGGGCUUUUCCUGCCUGCCUCCCCCCUGCAUUCACUCCAUAGGAUGCACAGACUUUUCCCCUUAGUUUUUAAGAGGGAAAAAGUGCGUCCUAUGGUGCGAAAAAUACGGUAUAUUUGUAGUGCAGGGACAACUUUCCUGCUUGGAAGGAGGAAAGGCUGGUGGGGGUUUCCUUGACCAGCCAAAACACCCAAAGUGCCUUGGCCAAGCAGGAGCCAGCUGGACAGACCCUGCACCUCUUCCCUGUGGCUGCCAUGUGCACCUCAGCCUCAUGGUGGCCAAACCAGCAUGGGGAGGGACAGGUUGACACAGGUUUGGGGUGGGCUACAAAGGCCAGUCAAAAAUCUUGGACCUCAUUAAUAGCAUUGUUUCUCUUAAUUAUCCCCUCAUAGUCUAAUAUCGAGGGUUUUUAUCAUGUUUCUUAGAAUAGAAAAGUUGCUCUGAAUUUGAGUGUCAAGAGAGACAGUGGUCCACCACCCCCCCGAAGUAUUCAUGCUCAGAUUCCACUCACCCAAAUAUCUCUCCCUGCCCUACAGAGCAGCCUGGGAGGCAUGUGGCAAGACUACUGUGGUUUGCUGGUUCAAGUCCUGCUGAGGGAGACUUUACCCUUGGGGAUCAGUAUCUGGUCUGGUCGUCCUAAUCCAAUAGCUGUGGGGAAAGGUGGCAAGCGUAGACCUGAUCAUCACAGUUGCCAGGAGUCUCAUUAAGGCUACUCUAUUCUGAGAUUGCUAAAAUAAUAAAGUAAUGUUUAGCAAAUGCCAUUGUUUAGUAAAUAUUUAAUUAGUCUGUUUUUUUUCUGGAUGGCAACUGUUGAAAGCGUGGAUCUUGGUCUAAUCUACUCUUCAAUGUCCAUCAAUGCAGGCAUUUGAUGUGCUUAUAAAGUCUUCAAAUUGUUUGAAAGUUUUGCUUACAUUGGGUCUUGCUAGAAAGUGGAUAACUUAAAAUUACUAAAAACGCUUCUGGAGCGGCACAGAAGGGUCCUGUCAGAUUCAACCAGUUACCUGAUCUGCACCAUGAACGACACACUGGAUUAAUCUUUAGACUGUUUGCUAGGUUUCAACCAGAGAUUUGGGAAAGAAAGUUAGUUGGAUGUAAGUUGCCUCCUGCCAGAUGGUUUAUUUGUGAAAGAAGGAAAGAGUGCACCCACACAACACAAUGAAGAUUAACUAGUUCCUGUAUUGUUGUUGUUUACUUAUACAGUGGUACCUCUAGUUACGGACUCGGAUCUGUUCCGGGGCGCCGUUCACGCCCUGAAAAGUCAGUAACUAGAGUGCCGCUUCUAUGCACGCAUGCGGAGUGAAACCCGGAAGUAUACACUUCCAGGUUUGCCGCGUUCGCAAGCCGAAAAGACGCAAAAUGAACCUAACGCAACACGAGGUAUGACUGUAUAUUGAUUAGGUGAAUACAUCGAAACAGGGCCCUGUCCUGGUUUCUGAUCCAUAAUUGACUUCUGACUUCUGCUCAAUGAUUGAAACUAAGAUCUUCACGUCAAAUCUUACUAUGGACUAACAUGAAUUUAUCUCUACUCAUAAACUCUUAUCUUUAAUACUGUAACGAAUUAUUGUGUUAUAUGUAUCCUUAUGAGUUUGAGUUUGUAGUCUCUGUUUGAGUUUGUAAUCCCUGUCAGAAUACAUACUUUUGAAUGGAUUAGUUUUAGUUACAAUUGACUAUUGAUUUACAAGUAGGGACCACUCCCACUUUUGAAACUUACAUUGGCCAGAGUUCUUGGUGUGCUUUUUUCUUGGAUAUUAAUUAGGGCUGAAGAUCUCCUUUCAUUCCUAAAAAUACUCUGUGUGUUGGAUCCAGAGUUUCCCAUCUGUAAACAAAAUGCCUUCAGUUCAUGGAAGGCCCCCAGAUCCAGUGGGAUUCUCUGCAGGGGGAGCGGAGGAAGUGAUUUUUGCCACAUUUCCCCUUUCCUGCCUGCCAUCUUGCAACCCUUUGGAGCAGAUUUUCUUGGGGCUGUGGGGAGAUGGAUGAAUUGCCUCCCCUCAUCCUUCCUCCUCUGUGAGCGGAAUUGUGAUGAUUCCAAAUCUGGAUCAAACUCUAUGUAAAUGACUUUCAUUGUUCUCUGACUAAUUGGUGCCACGUAAAAAAAAUUUCAAAUUAUCCUUUGUAACAUGUCUUUUUUAUUUCAUUCUUGUGAAGUGUCAAGUGAUUUGGCCCUUUUAUUCCUCCACCUACAUAUCUUAAAUGUGCUUCUUAUUACUGUCACUGUGGGCGUAGAAAUGUCAUCCCCUUGGCACUUAGUGUGCCUGAUAGCUUUUAGUUGAGGUGUGACUAACUCUCCAGUGAUCACAGAUGCUUGCGUAGCAAUAUCUCAGAAUUCUCUCAGUGACUCUUGCUUCCGUGUAACACAUUUAGAAUGGGAUUUUAAGGAUGCCAAAACACCUAUGGAUACUUUCCUCCUGACACAAACAUAACAAAAUCCCAUUCUGUAGUGGGAUGGCAUGUUUGUCAUUGCUGUUGAAAACUGAAUAUAAGAUGUUAAUAAUACUGUGUGGAUUUCUCUCUUCACUCAGUAUUGCUGACCUGUAGAUACAUGUACUUUGCUUAUUGAAUCUUUAGUUAAGUAGCUUUCUUUUUUCGCAUUUUCAUAGUUACAGCAAAAUCAACUGCAUUUCUUGUUUAGUAAAUAGCUAAUCUCUUCAUCAUUUUUAGGGGGGAGAACACAUUUAUUGCAUGUGCUGACUCCUACUUUGCAAAAGAUUAUUUAUGUAUUUGUUUAUUUGAGGGCUGCUGAAGGACAUUGCCAAAAGCAGGUGGGAUAUGGAGAGACAAUGACACUUUGGGGGCAGUUUCCUACUUCCUGAUUAGAGAGAGCCCUGAAGGAGCUGAGCAACAAAAAACACCUAUUUUAACCCCAGUGGGGAUAAAAUAAUAACAAUAAUAAUAAUUUAUUAUUUAUACCCUGCCCAUAUGGCUGGGUUUCCCCAGCCACUCUGGGCGGCUUCCAACAAAAUAUUAAAAUACAGUGGUCUGAUAAACAUUAAAAGCUUCUCUAAACAGGGCUGUCUUCAGAAGUCUUCUAAAAGUCUGGUAGUUGUUCUUCUCUUUGACGUCUGGUGGGAGGGUGUUCCACAGGGUGGGUGCCACUACCGAGAAGGCCCUCUAUCUGGUUCCCUGUAACUUGGCUACUUGCAGUGAGGGAACCGCCAGAAGGCCCUCGCAGCUGGACCUCAGUGUCUGGGCAGAAUGAUGGAGGUAGUGGAGCAACAACUUGGGGUUUUUUUUUUAGUUUGAGCAAGUGGCUACUCUCCUCCCUCUAAGGCAGGCAUGGGCAAACUCGGCCCUCCAGAUGUUUUGGGACUACAAUUCCCACCAUCCCUGACCACUGGUCCUGUUAGCUAGGGACCAUGGGAGUUGUAGUCCCAAAACAUCUGGAGGGCCGAGUUUGCCCAUGGCUGCUCUAAGAGUAUCUCUAACUGGAACAGUGCCCUGGAUGGCCAUGAAAUUUUACAAUGUCCCCUGAGAUCUGUUUGCUGGUGGUAACGGAGCAUGACUCUCCUUCCACAGAACUGGCAGGCCCAAAAAGAAUUUGAGGUAGUGUUGUUCUGCUUAACUCUUGCAAAUGGUAUAUCUUUCAAGGGUCUUUGGGAGGGGGGCCUGAAGGAAGUAGCAGUGGAACCUUGCACCCUCUUUAUUCUGUGGUGGUCAGGCAUCUUGACCAUGCAAGAAGUAAGCGAGUGUCCCAGAAUCUCAGAUCCGUGGUGUGUCUACUGUGGGCUUUAGCAGGUGCCCAUCAUACUAACCUGGUGACAUUCGUUUGGGUACAAGUUGCAGUGUAAGCACAGAUAACUCUAAUCAGGAUUUAUCAAAGCUGUUUGAUCAGUGUAGUUUAAGAAUGGAACAGGACUUGAUACGUAGGAUGUGGCCUGGUCCCUCCAUGUGUAGCAGGAUAUUUAUUCAGCCACAGAACUCGCUUCGAGGAGUAUAAAUAGACUCUGGAGAAGCUAAGAGUCUGCCCUUGUUAGAUGAAAUAUCUACCAGUGAUUCGAAAGCAGAAGUUUCUAUGUUAAUUGCAAAGGGCCCGAAUAGCCAGUGUGAUGAAGGCAUGUCUGCCACUAAUAAUGAAAGCUUUGCACCUACCGUAUUUUUCGCUCCAUAGGACGCACUUUUUCCCCUCCAAAAAUGAAGGGGAAAUGUGUGUGCGUCCUAUGGAGCGAAUGCAGGCUUCGCUGAAGCCUGGAGAGCGAGAGGCAGCGGGGCGCCCCGACCCCUCUCGCUCUCCAGGCUUCAGGAGCUAUCCGCAAGCCUUGCAAGCCCGGUGGGAGUUCCCGCGGGCUCACAAGGCUUGCAGGCAGCAGCCUGCAGCCCCGGCGAGUGUCCGCAAGCCUUGCGCGCCCGGCAGGAGGUCCCGCCGAGCGCGCGAGGCUUGGGGCAGCAGCCUGUCGCCCAAAGCAAGGGGAGCCCUCCGGGGGGCUCCCGUGCUCGGCGAGUGUCUGCAAGCCUUGCGCGCCCGGCGGGAGGUCCCGCCGAGCGCGCAAGGCUUGGGGCUGCAGCUUGUCGCCCAAGCACGGGAGCCCUCCGGAGGGCUCCCGUGCUUCGGGCGAGUGUCUGCAAGCCUCGCGCGCGAGCUUGGGGCGGUAGCCUGCAGCCCGAAGCACGCGAGGCUUGGGGCGGCAGCCGCGGGGGGGGGUUUUAUUCAUUUCCCCCCCCCCAAAAAAACGAGGUGCGUCCUAUGGACCGGUGCGUCCUAUAGAACGAAAAAUACGGUACUUCCCUGCUGUAAUGCCUGCUGGAACCCAGGGAUUUCCCUCCACUUUGUUGGUUGCUGCUGUUGGAGGCUGAGGAAAUGCCCUCUUUCCAGCUGUUUCACCCCUUACUAUUUUUUCAAAAGCAGAUUGAUUUGCUUGGGAAUUAUAAACCACUGAGCCUUGGGCUUGCCGAUCGGAAGGUCGGUGGUUCGAAUCCCUGGGAUGGGGUGAGCUCCCGUUGUUCGGUCCCGGCUCCUGCCAACCUAGCAGUUUGAAAGCACGUCAAAGUGCAAGUAGAUAAAUAGGUGGGAAGGUAAAUGGCGUUUCCGUGCGCUGCUCUGGUUCGCCAGAAGCGGCUUAGUCAUGCUUGGCCACGUGACCCGGAAAAACUGUCUGCGGACAAACGUCGGCUCCCUCGGCCAGUAAAGCGAGAUGAGCGCCGCAACCCCAGAGUCGUUCACAACUGGACUUAACUGUCAGGGGUCCUUUACCUUUUUAAUUAGAUAAUCUGUUUGAAAAUAACUUCUGCAUAAAAAUGUGAUAGUACUGCUUAGUUUUCCUGAAAUUGUCAGAGCUGCUGCUAAUAAGGGGACUAGCCAUAGAACCAAGUGAGAAAAAGAUGAGGACGUCUGAUGGACUUGCUUCAGAUUGAAGAGUUUCUUCAUCGUCCACUAAAUUGCAGGAAGGUGUAUUUCAAAGAGUUAAGAAGAAAUACUGCAGCCGGUUUCUUCCCUUCCAAGAAUUAAGAAGGUGACCUUUGUAAAGUAUGUGCUUGUUUUGAAGACUGGCCAUGCAUUUGCAUGAGUCAGAGCUUUUUGAAAGGCCCAGUUCCAUGCUGAACAUAAACUUAUCAUCCAAACAAAGAUGAAUUGCCUUCCAGAGGAGAUGGAGGGAGAGAGAAAAUGAAAAUAUACAAGCAGCUAUGGUGGUCCUGAGACAGUUUUUCAGCGUGUUGCACUGUUCUUACGAAAACAAACCAUGGCGCUUUCUGGCCUAGAGAGGAAGUAGAAAUGGUGACUCACUUGCUGCUGUUCCAGUGUAGCAGAGCUAGUACUAUACAGUGGUACCUCAGGUUAAGAACUUUGCUUCAGAAUGAGAACAGAAAUCGCGUGGUGGCAGCGCGGCAGCAUUGGAAGGCCCCAUUAGCUAAAGUGGUGCUUCAGGUUAAGAACAGUUUCAGGUUAAGAACGGACCUCCAGAACGAAUCAAGUUCUUAACCAGAGGUACCACUGUAUCCACAGAUCCACACCAUCCCUUUAAAGCACUUAGACCACUUUAACAGUCAUGGCUUCUCCCAUAGGAUCCUGGGGAGAUUCUUGAUGGUGCUGUCCGCACACAGCUAAAAUUCCCAGCACCGUUGACAAACUACAGCUUCCAGGAUUCUGCAUAAAUCUUAAAGUGGCACAAGAGUAUUUUAAAUAUGUGGCAAGAUAUAGGACAUCAAUAUACAAUUUGAGGAUUGGGAAAAGUUGUGGAAGGUGGAUUUGAAAUUCACAGAUCGUUCUCUCUUGAAAGAAAACUAUAUGAAAAUUAUCUAUAGAUGGUAUAUCACACCAGUAUAAAUGGAAAAAAUGUAUAAAACUGGGUCAAAUACAUGUUGGAAAUGGAAAGAAAAAGAAGGCACUUUGUACCAUAUGUGUUGGGAAUGUAGAGAAGUUAAAAAUUUUUGGGAGAUGAUACAUAACAAAUUGAAAAAAAAUGUUUAAAAUGACAUUUGUAAAGAAACCAGAAGCGUUUUUGUUACGGAUUUUAAGACGAAACCUGCCAAGAAAAACAAAUAAUCUAUUUAUGUAUGCAACAAUAGUGGCAAGAGUCUUGUUAGCACAAGGUGGAAGAAUGAGGAAACCGCAACGAAGAACAAUGGCAAGAAAAACCGAUGAGUUAUGUGGAGUUGGCAAAGUUGACAUAUAAAUUACGUGAGAAGGACUUCAAGGAAGAAUGGGAUCUUUUUACAAACUAUCUAAAAAAACAACAAAAUGAUUUGGACUCCUUGACAGGUUUUGAAUAAACAUCCACAAUUUUAUUACUAGAAUAUAUGACAGAUAAGGCAAAGAUAUGUACAAUUUUUAACAUGCAGAGAAUAUGUUCAAACAAAUCAGAGUGGGGAGCUGAGGGAAGUCUUUAGCGGAUGGGAAAGGGAGGGGGGAAUAAAAGGGGGGGAAGUACCUUUUUUUUUUUUGCUCUAUAAGACUCACUUUUCCCUCCUAAAAAGUAAGGGGAAAUGUGUGUGCGUCUUAUGGAGCGAAUGCAGGCUGUGCAGCUAUCCCAGAAGCCAGAACAGCAAGAGGGAUUGCUGCUUUCACUGCGCAGCGAUCCCUCUUGCUGUUCUGGCUUCUGAGAUUCAGAAUAUUUUUUUUCUUGUUUUCCUCCUCCAAAAACUAGGUGCGUCUUGUGGUCUGGUGCGUUUUAUAGAGCAAAAAUACAGUAAUUGGUUAUUUUGACUGAUAAUUUGUUUUGUUAAUAAAAAUAUAUAUUUUUAAAAAAGAGUAUUUUAAAUAUGUGGUGUGCCUGUGACCAAGAUCCGGUUUGGGUUAACUAAUUUAUUACUAAUGCCAGGCGCAGGAUUAUUGUUUGUAAAGACUCGUUCUUGCAGCUGGAGAUUUGACUUGCAUUCCUGAAAAACUGAAUUUCAAGCGUCAGUGAGUACAUGAUCUGCUCAAGCUGUGCAGGUGGCCCAGUGGUGGUAGAUGGGGCCAGUCUCAAUGCUCCUUUAGUAAACGCAAGUCUUUUUUUGCCUGCCUUCUGUAGAGACUGUGAUGGAGGAACCAGAGGAGCUCUUUGAAGAACUUCUGGAAAGAGCAAAAGCUGGGGAACCUAAAGCACAGACAGAGGUAAUUUUUCAUGGUUGUCACUUUCCUGUAUUUUCGUUGUUGUUGUUUAGUCGUUUAGUCGUGUCCGACUCUUCGUGACCCCAUGGACCAGAGCACGCCAGGCACUCCUGUCUUCCACUGCCUCCCGCAGUUUGGUCAAACUCAUGCUGGUAGCUUCGAGAACACUGCCCAACCAUCUCGUCCUCUGUCGUCCCCUUCUCCUUGUGCCCUCCAUCUUUCCCAACAUCAGAGUCUUUUCCAGGGAGUCUUCUCUUCUCAUGAGGUGGCCAAAGUAUUGGAGCCUCAGCUUCAGGAUCUGUCCUUCCAGUGAGCACUCAGGGUUGAUUUCCUGAAGAAUGGAUAGGUUUGAUCUUCUUGCAAUCCAUGGGACUCUCAAGAGUCUCCUCCAGCACCAUAAUUCAAAAGCAUCAAUUCUUCGGCGAUCAGCCUUCUUUAUGGUCCAGCUCUCACUUCCAUACAUCACUACGGGGAAAACCAUAGCUUUUACUAUACGGACCUUUGUUGGCAAGGUGAUGUCUCUACUUUUUAAGAUGCUGUCUAGGUUUGUCAUUGCUUUUCUCCCAAGAAGCAGGCGUCUUUUAAUUUUGUGACUGCUGUCACCAUCUGCAGUGAUCAUGGAGCCCGAGAAAGUAAAAUCUCUCACUGCCUCCAUUUCUUCCCCUUCUAUUUCCCAGGAGGUGAUGGGACCAGUGGCCAUGAUCUUAGUUUUUUUGAUGUUGAGCUUCAGACCAUAUUUUGCGCUCUCCUCUUUCACCCUCAAUAAAAGGUUCUUUAAUUCUUCCUCACUUUCUGCCAUCAAGGUUGUGUCAUUUGCAUAUCUGAGGUUGUUGAUAUUUCUUCCAGCAAUCUUAAUUCUGGCUAGGGAUUCAUCCAGUCCAGCCUUUCGCAUGAUGAAUUCUGCAUAUAAGUUAAAUAGGCAGGGAGACAAUAUACUGCCUUGUCGUACUCCUUUCCCAAUUUUGAACCAAUCAGUUGUUCCAUAUCCAGUUCUAACUUUCCUGUAUAGCUCUCUUUAAAUAGUGCUGGAUGCCCUUAUUCUAAUUAUAGUUUAAAGUAUUAUGCUGUAGUUGUAACUUCAUAGGAUUAUAAAUGGCGUUGCGCUGAAUUUUCAGAGAUUCCAUUUUUACUACAGAAGCUUGCAAUUUGGAAAGAUGUGAAGCACAGGAGGGAAAGCAUCCAUUCCAGCUGUGGGGUAACACUAGUCUUUCCCCCCACUGCCCAAGUGAGGGCUGACCAGGACUUCAUCCUGUCUUUGACUUGGAGCAACGUAUUUGGUCACUCUUACCCAGCUGUGUUACAUAAAACACUGGAAUAGAUGUCAGCCGGGUUCGUUUUGAAAGGAAUCCUUGGUUCGCUGGUAUAAUAAUAAUAAUAAUAAUAAUUUAUUAUUUGUACCCCGCCCAUACUUUUCUUUCAAAAUGAAGUAUGCUAUGGAAUAUGGCUGUUCGUAAGGAGAACCCUGAUUUGGACGCAGAAGAGAAUUGUAGGAUCAUAGAGUUGUAGUGGUGGAAGAAACCCUAUUUAAAUUAAAACAAAAAAUAAAAAUCUUUUUUCUCUGUUUGUAUAGGUGGGGAAGCAUUACCUGAAGCUUGCAGAAGACCAGGAUGAGGAGCUGAACAGUUGCAGUGGGGUGGAGUGGUUGAUCCUUGCUGCCAAGCAGGGACGAAGGGAAGCUGUUAAACUGCUGAGGAGAUGUUUAGCGGAAAGAAGAGGUAUACUUCCCUCCUGGUCCUUGACAAUUAACACCCCCAUUGUGAAUUUCAAGAGACUUCUGUUGAGCUACCUCAAUGUUAGAAAAAUCUCAAGAUUUAUUUUUAUUCUAUUUAUUUUUAUAAUAUUUAUCCUGUGUGCUAUGAUCCUCCUUGCUAGGUGGAAUCUACACACAGAUUUUAAAAAUGCUGUGAAAAUGCUUUUUUAAAAAAAGUUUUGUAAAAUAUAUUGAAUUUGCCAUAGCUCGCCAUUGCCAUCUAAUGUCACAUUUGUAUAUUGCACUUUACAACACACUUAAAACGUUUUAUUUGCAGCUGUAUAGCUGAGUCCCUAGUCCCUGUUUAGCGGUCUAGCAGCUUUGUUUUGAACUUGUUGGAGCAUGUGGGUUUUCAUCAAAGGCAAAACCCAGCAAGAAUGCACUGCAGCCAUCUGAGCCUGCAAAUUACUAGACAGAGUUUGAGUAACUGAGGUUAUGCAGUCUUUGUUCAGGAAAGCCCACAGUUAGUAUAUUAGCCUUGGCUAACAAAGAGCAAUCCAUAACACUGAAGCCACUUGGUCCUUUAGCAACAGUUAUAGAUCCAUGAGGUUUCCCAAGCUGCACACCCCGUGGUUAUGGUGGGAGUGAAGCCAUUUGCACAAGUCAUUGAACAACAUAUUCCUGAAUAGACGAACCACCCUCCAUCAGCACCCUCAUGGAAUGAGUUUCCAGUUUUUGGCCUUCCUCUAGUCCAGGGGAAAAUGUGUGUGGCUGGUGGCUUGGUUGGCUACAUUUUUGUUCUUUGUGCACAGCCACUAACAAGGGGAAGACGAGAUUCUUCUAUUCCAAGAAUCUGCAGUUUUGUAUACACUUUUAAAGGCCAGAUGAGCAGUAUGCAGAGGAAUACUUAGUAUUUACCAACAGAAAGAAAAUAAUUAGUUUUUUUUUUAAUGGCAUAAGGUUGGAGAAGGGUUUUUGGUCUUGGCUACAAUGAGAACCAGAAAGUGCAUGUGAUUUUUGCAACUCCAUUUGCCUAGCUCUCAUGAUCAGACUUGGCAUCAGCCCCAUGUCAUGAUCAGGCAAAAUUCACUUCUCUACUCAUCAACAAAACUCUUUUGGGUAUGUAAUUCAUUAAGAAGAGUCUUUGUUCCAAAGGGUAUGUAGAGAUGCCUUCUGUAAAAUACAGUGUGAAUUAAGGAGUUGCCUACUUACUUUAGUUAUAUAAGAUGUGAAUUUAGAGUCUAUGCGAGUAACCUAACUCUGGUUUGAAAUGUGAGUUAGUUUUUGCAAGCACUUUGAUAUCUUUUGAAGUGACAAAUUAUUAAAAGGUGUCAGCUCUUCCCUCAGCCUAGAAGGUGGGAUAAUCGUACCCAAUUCAUUUUCUUUCUUUACUUGAGGCAUCACUUCAGAGAAUGAACAAGAAGUGAAGAAAUUAUCAUCAGAGACUGAUUUAGAAAGAGCCGUGAGAAAGGCUGCGUUAGUCAUGUACUGGAAACUAAACCCAAAGAAGAAAAAGCAGUUGGCUGUUUCAGAACUAUUAGAAAAUGUUGGCCAAGUUGACAGUGAAGGUUUGUAUCCAAUAUAGUAUAAAAGAUGUACUGAACAUGAAUAAUUCUUCCAAAAUUAGAAUGGUGUAAUUAAACCUUUGCUGUAGGGAAAAUUGCUUAAGAGAAAAAAACAUUGCAGUGAUAGUCAUAGGUAUUAUUUCAUUAAAACAUGCAAGUAAAAGAGCACAUGAACUCCACUGCGCUUUCUGAGAAUGUAAAGUGUCUGGAAACAGUAGUACCUUAUCUAUUAUGGCCAUAAGAAACAGUCUUUAAACUGAGUCAGACCAUGAUCCAUCUAGCCUAGUAUUUUCGCCCCUGUCUGGCGGACUCCUCCAGAUUCUCAAGAAGAGACAGGUCCUUGCCAGUCCUAUUUCCCAAGAACUGGAGAUGCCCAGGAAUCAUAAGAAUUAGUUGAUUGAUCUGUUAGGUAAAUUACAUAUUCUUUUUCAUUAACUGGGAUUUUUUUAAAAAAACAACACUAUUUUUAACCCAAACCCUUAUAAAACUGCAGGUAGCACACUUAGGCACAGUAUUUUAUUUCUGAUGUGUUACUGUAAUAUAAAGUUGCCCUCAAAGUUUAAGUGACAGUCUUCAGUUUUUCACACUAUCUUGGCUCUCUUUGAUUUCUCAAAAAUUGCUCCUUCCUAUGGCAAAAAGGUUUCCAUUUAAACAAGAGGCAUUUGGGAUAAUUAAUCAACUUUACAUUCUAAUCCAUUGAAAGCUGUUUAUUGAAUCAUCCUUUACAUUGCUUUUUUAAAACAUGGGGGCCACAGCUAUUUUGAAAGAGCAGAUUCCUAUGCUACACAAUUGACUGAUGCAGUAUGUAUAUCAUUUGGGUGAGUUUCUCUUUCUUUGAAUUUUCCCACUGAUGCUGUGUGAAAUACCUUGAACAAACAGGUGGUGAGGAACAGACUGGUGGCCCAGUUCCAAAAGCUGUACAGAAGCAAAGAAGGAUGCUGGAACGGCUGGUGAGCAGCGAAUGUAAGGAAGCAUUUAUUCUGUUAAAAUUGGAUCUUAUACACGGUUUGGGCUAAUUUUUUUAUCAGUUACCUUGUGAGAAAGAUGUUGGAGAUCAUGUCCUCAGAAUGUUUUCAGUUGGGCUCAGGAUGCGGUUUUCUAACGGUUGCCCUCCAGUACCCUGCUGCGCUGCUCCAAAUUGUUGUCCUUCACGUUUGAGUCUUUUCCAAAGUGGGGAAGCAAAAACUUCCCAUAAAGAGCCAGCAGUGUUCAGCGGGUAGGGGGGUGGGACUUUGUUGGGGGAAUUGGUGCACGGUCGCUGAGUGACCUUUGACCAUUCACACUCUCAUCAUCAUCAUCAUCAUUAUAAACUUUAUUGCACUGGCAUGGCAUCAUUCACAAAGGGAAGAAAAAGAAAAGCAACAAUAACCAUAAAAACACCAGGCACUGCAAAUACAAUAAACCACGAUCACGUCUCCUAGAAGUUAUUUGUUGCAUACGAUAGAAUAGCAUCAUAACGUUACCUCUCAGGGUUCUUAUGGGGGAAACCUCAGAUACUUUGCUUCUUGAAGGAAGGGCAGAAGUCAGAGGGGCCUUGUGCCCAUGCAUUGAGGCAGAGGAUGGGCAAAUAGCUUCUUUUGUGUAUCUGAAUUCACCUGCCACUUAACCCCUCAGGGGGUUGUGUGCUGCUAAAGCAGGGAAUGUCAUGCUCAUUGAGCAGUGCCCUUUUCCAGCCAUUUAAGGGUUAUGAUAAUCAUCGGGGCCCACCAAUAGGAUCCUUAAGCCUCUGGGAAACGGCCACCUCCCCCCCCACACCUUAAAGGGGGAGAUGAACCUUUUCUCUUAGCCUUCUUUAUUCCAAGUGUCAAGACAGCUGUUGCUCAAUAUUUUCCACCAUAACUGUUAAGUUUGAAGUUACAAUUCUUUUUUCUUUUUUCAUAAAGUUAUUAGUCCUAAACUUGGUUUUAUACAUUCUCCCAAUUUGCCUGACAAGAAAGGCAUAAUUACUAGUCUGAAACUUCCUUGGAUUAUCACUUGGAUCCUAAAUGUAAACAACAACAACAACAACAACAACAAACAGACAAGAACUAAAAAGACUAAGAUCCUGUUUAUUUCUCAGGAUGUUUAAAGGGCUAGUUCAUUCAGAGUUCCUGAAAUCCACUUUUUAAAAAUAAAGGCAUAGCAGUAUUUUAAUUAUCUGUUUGGAACUUGGGAGUCACGGGCUCAUCUUCAUUUAGUUUAGUCAUUGGCCAUGAUGACUGAAACUGAUGGAAGCUGGAGUCCAAGAUCUGGAGGAUCACAGCUUCCCCAUCUUUGGUUGAUGAGAUCAGCAUCAUAGGCCCAUAGUUCAGGAUUUGCAUUUACUGCUGUAUGUGACUGGCUGCCUUUGCAGAGUUUCAUUUUGCUCUUCAUCCUUCGAUUGCCAUGAUAAUUCUGAAUAUUUUCUAGAAUUUUAUUUCCUCCACAGGCCCCUGCGGCAGUCAUACAGUUGAAUAGGCUUAAAGUUGCAUGGUUAAGGACAUAGUUAAGGACAUUAUAAUCUUGAACUCAUGACUUCAAUGGGAGAGUCAAAAGGAAGUGAGUUUUGCCACGUUUAAAAUGUUGAUAUCGGAACCAACUUUAAAUCUAGUCUUGUUGGUUUAUAUGUGUUGUCACUGGUUAAUAAUCCACCGUUAACCAUUUUCUCUCAAGAAAAAUCCCCCCCCCCAAAUGUUUUAGUAAUGCGUUUUGUGUUUACAACUUUCAGCUAAGAAUUAUAUUGCCUUGGAUGACUUUGUUGAAAUUACCAAAAAGUAUGCAAAAGGCAUCAUCCCAACCAACCUUCUGAUGCAGGAUGACGAUGACGAUGAACUGGCAGGAAAGAGUCCAGAAGACCUUCCUCUUCGACUCAAGGUGAAAUUUUGUUUAAGAAUAAGUGAGGAGGGCCAAGGUUCUAAAGUGUGAAAAUUGAAUGUAGCCUCAUUUUUUCCUUUCUUUCCAAUUGUUGUGUGUGUGUGUGUGCGUGCGCGCGCAUGCGCGCGCACAUCCUUCCCCAAUCACAACUCUCAUUGCAGGAUACUUGUUGAAAAAGCUUUAGCAGGUCCAUUUCUACACUUUUCAUUCUCCUUUUGAAGAGGUUGCUUUUCUACUGGCAGCCAAAAUUCUAUGUCUCAUCUGUUUCCCACUACUGUAUAGACUUACAGUGGUACCUUGGGUUAAGUACUUAAUUUGUUCCGGAGGUCCGUACUUAACCUGAAACUGUUCUUAACAUGAAGCACCACUUUAGCUAAUGGGGCCUGCUGCUGCUGCUGCUGCUGCUGCGCCGCUGGAGCACAAUUUCUGUUCUCAUCCUGAAGCAAAGUUCUUAACCUGAAGCAAUAUUUCUGGAUUAGCGGAGUCUAUAACCUGAAGCGUAUGUAACCCGAGGUACCACAGUAAUUGAUAAACUCAUAUAAUCUGCCUCUGGUUUCUUUACACUCUCUUUUUCUCUAUAUAGACUCUCUACCACCUGGUCCUUGUCAGGCAUUUGGGGGUUGGGUUUUUAAAAAUUCCUUUAAUUUGCAAACCUCUGCAUAUGUGGGGAGCCCCCCUUCCCCAGUGUGUAGAACACAGGUUGUCUCUGCAAAAAUAUAUAUUUUUAAAAGGACUCAUUUCACUUCCAUCUCGUAUGUACUUGGAUCACCUGAGUUCACCAUUUCAAUGGGAUGAAAUGGUGACAGGUUUUGCAAUGUCUGUGGGCACUAGUUGAGAGCCCAACACAAUGGCUAUCACAAUCAGCUUGUUCGUUAAAAAGAAGAAGCAGCUUCUGAAGCAGCUGAUCAGGUUUGGCUUGAUUGUCCAUUCUGUCCAGAGGACGUGGGAUGAUACGUGAUGCUACUAAAGAGUUGUUGCGUGAACUGCAUUUUCUUUCUUUCCAGGUGAUAAAGUUUCCACUUCAUGCCAUUAUGGAAAUCAAAGAGCACCUUAUAGAUCUUGCAUCUAAAGCAGGAAUGCAUUGGCUGUCCACUAUUAUCCCAACACACCACAUCAAUGCUCUCAUAUUCUUCUUCAUCAUCAGUAACCUGACCAUUGACUUCUUUGCAUUUUUUAUCCCACUAGUAAUCUUCUAUCUGUCCUUCAUUUCCAUGGUGAUUUGCACCCUGAAAGUCUUCCAAGAUAGCAAAGCUUGGGAAAACUUCCGCACCCUCACUGACUUGCUCCUUCGCUUUGAACCCAACCUAGAUGUCGAGGAAGCGGAAGUGAAUUUUGGCUGGAACCACUUAGAGCCCUACCUGUACUUCCUGCUCUCGGUGUUCUUUGUCAUUUUCUCCUUUCCUGUAGCUAGUAAGGACUGGAUACCCUGCUCAGAGUUGGCCACUAUCUCUGUUUUCUUCAUGGUGACAAGUUACAUGAGUUUGGGCACAAGUGCCGAGCCCUACACACGAAGAGCGUUACUCACGGAGGUCGCAGCAGGUUCCCUCUCCUUACUGCCGGUUAUACCUGUUCAUUUGGGCCAUUUGAAGCUAUUGGGGAAAACCUUUUACAGCAUUCCUGUUGGCCACUUCUUUGUCCUGAACGUGAGCGUUCCUUGCCUUUUGUUUUUGUAUUUGUUUUAUCUCUUCUUCAGAAUGGCACAGAUGAGGAAUUUCAAAGGCACCUAUUGCUACCUGGUUCCUUAUUUAGUGUGUUUCAUGUGGUGUGAACUGUCAGUGGUGAUUUUGAAAGAAUCCUCUGGCAUUGGGCUAAUUCGUGCCUCCGUUGGCUACUUCCUUUUCCUCUUUGCUCUUCCUGUUCUCAUGGUAGGCGUUGCACUGAUGUGCCUCGUCCACUUCAUAAAAUGGUUCAUAACAUUAGAGCUCAUGAAGAUUGUGGUAACUCUUCUGUUGUGUGCUGUUCCGUUGCUUUUCCGAUGGUGGACAAAGGCCAGCAUCUCUGUGGUUGAAAUUGUGAAAUCCCUAACAAAGAGUUCUAUAGUUAAGCUUAUUUUGGUGUGGAUUACUGCCAUAGUGUUGUUCUGUUGGUUUUAUGUGUACCGCUCAGAGGGGAUGAAGGUGUAUAACUCUACCUUGACGUGGAAUCAGUAUGGGUUUUUGUGUGGCCCCCGGGCUUGGAAGGAAACUAACAUGGCACGCACCCAAAUCUUAUGUAGUCAUCUGGAGGGCCAUAGAGUGACUUGGACGGGAAGGUUCAAAUACGUGAGAGUUACUGACAUCGACAAUAGUGCAGAAUCGGCAGUAAACAUGCUUCCUUUUUUUAUUGGUGACUGGCUGAGAUGCUUGUACGGUGAAACAUAUCCAGCAUGUGAUCCCCAAAAUGUAACCCUGGAAGAGGAGGAACUCUGUCGUCUAAAGUAUCUGACGAAACACGACUGCCACAUGAAAAGGUUUGACCGCUAUAAAUUUGAGAUAACGGUAGGCAUGCCUUUCAAUGGGAGCAAGGUUAUGGAAGAGGACGAUGUAACCAAAGAUAUUGUGCUGAAGGCAAGCAACGAGUUUAAGAAAGUGUUAUUGAACUUGAGGCAAGGAAGUGUCAUUGAGUUCAGUACCAUCCUGGAAGGCCGUCUUGGCAGCAAAUGGCCUGUAUUUGAGCUGAAAGCCAUUUCUUGCUUGAAUUGCAUGUCUAAACUUUCUCCUGCAGGAAGGCAUGUGAAACUAGAGCAUGACUGGCGAAGCACUGUCCAGAAAGCUCUCAGAUUUGCCUUUGAUUUUUUCUUCUCCCCAUUUUUGUCAGUUGCAUGCUGAAUUUUAAUUGUCAUAUCUACACAACCAAAGAUUUGGCUUAAAAACAAGUUAUAAAAAUGUUUCAAAGGAAUGAAAUUAGUUUUGAGUACAAUGCACAAUGCCAUCUUAGUAAUUUCUGUGCUGGACAUGUCUGUAUGUGAAAAACAUUAUUUGCCUAUUAAAAGCAUGAACAGUGUUUCCUACAAGAGCUGAUUUUUAACAUCAGUCAGAGAUAUUAAAAGCACUUUAUUUAGAUAAUUCACUCUUCCACUCUCCUAUACUUAAAGCUGACUUCAUGGGUGACAACUGUCUAGUGCCAGUUAUGUAGUGAUUCAUACAAAAAUAUUAACUGUUCUAUUAGAUAGAAAUCGUGUAUUCAGUGUUGGAGAAUGACAGACUUUUAAAUCAGUCAUCAGUUUUGCUGAAAGUAUUAUUGAACAGAAAAGAAGAGUACUCGAGUGAUCAUAGUGGAAAGUCUGAAUGGCUAAUGUGUCGGGAUCUGCACUGAAGGUGGAAAUGGACAUCUGGCUAAUGGUCUGUAUAUAUGAAUACAAACACUAAAUUAAACAAGGAUUCAAAAUCUGCAUUAUAAAGAUUUGUACUCUUAUUUGAAUACGCUUUUGUCUCACACACCUACCUACCAUUCUAGAUUUUACACCACUUUUACUUAAUAAGCGCAGUAUCCCAGACUAUGUUCAAUAAUGGACUACUAUAGAGGUCUGCACCCUCCCUCCUUAUCGCCUUCAAGUAUGAACUAAUGGGAACUUCCCUCCUGCUCUGUGCGAACUUCUUGAAUAUGCCAAAAGGAAAUCCACAAUUAGAGGGCAACUCCACAGAUUGGGAUAGCAGUGUGGCCACGCCCAGCAUUUUAAAUUGUGCUUCAAGAAAUAUGGCACCUGUCCUUUACUCAAAACCAUUUCUGCUGCCACUUUCCAAGUAAAGGAUUGGUGGGUGGGGGGGGUGUUCUUUCGGCCGGUGGGGACAGAUGAGAGGAAGCUGGUGGAGAGCAUAAUUAUUAAAUUUGGAAGUGUCUUGCGUGUGUGAGUACAACUUCUUUGUUCCUUACAUACUUCUGAAUAGAAUAGGGUUGAUCUUGUCGUUAAAUGUACAUUUCAAGUGCUUUGAUAACAAUAAUUGAAUCAAAGGUGCAAUUAUUUGAUUUAAAGGAGUAAAGGAGCAACUGCUGGAAUAGAAUUAAGCACAGCUCAGCUUUUUAAAGAAAGUGUUUAUUGAAAAAGCCAGUAUCAACAUAUUUAUAUAUAUGUUCCAACAACAGUCAGCUAAUUUGUGCAACACAAGAAUACAGCCAUGAAGCUUUCCAACUAACUGGAUUUACCAACUGUAUCAUUAUUUACCUUCUUAAAUUCAAAACCAAAGCAAAAAGAUGUUCUUCAUGGAUUUGGAAUGAGUGACAUUCAUUUCUUACAUUCACAAAAUUAGAUUAUAAUGGUGAUAUCGGAGACCCAGGUAGAUCACUACUGUCUUGAGUUUAGUUCCUCCUUUUUAACAGAAAACCUUGUAUUAAUGUGGCCUGAAAACCCAUUUUAUGUAGUUAGAAAGAUUUUAUAUAAUCCCUGCAUAAACCAGUUCGGUAGUUGAUGAAUAAGAUAAUAGAAUUGAAACUGGGGAAAAGAGUGUGAAGAACAAUUGCAUCAUUGGUUACUGCCAGACAGUGCCCCCGCCACCCCCCCAAAAUACAAUUUUUAGACAUAAAAUUCCAGUGUGCAGUUAUCAUUUUUUAAAUUACUCUGAUUAAUGAAUAAAGCCAAAAGGCUUUUUUUGUUAAAAAAAGAAAAAUGGUUAUUUGGCUUUAACAAGAAUUCUAUACAGUAUUCAUAUUCCUAAAAGUUUUUACAAGAAGACUGGAUUGUUCAAAUUUCAAUUAGAAUACAGUGUACGUAAAUACUGCCAGUGUCUCGUAGAGUAUGCAGUAGCUUUAUAAACAAACAUUCAUUCCCAGGUAAAAUUACUGUAUACAUUUCAUACUGUAUGUGGAUUAUUGGAAUUGAUGCUUCUGUACACAAUGUCCAGCAUCAAGAAAAUGGCAGGUGUCCUUCAUUUCAUGUAGUGUUAACAAAGCUUCUGAUUAAAAUCAUGGUGUCACAG